AUGGCGUCACCGUUGCCAAACCAGCAACCUGGAGAAACUCCCUACCAAGAUGUCAAUGGCGAUUAUGACGAAGACGAGGCCCUCAAAGCUGCUAUCGCAUCAUCUCUAAAGCAGGAAGCAGAAAAGCCCAGAACCUCGGAGCAAAAGCCUACACCCAAAGGCACCAAGUCUCUUGGCCAGGUAGUCAAGGUCGCCGGUCCGGAGUCAUGGUUGCUGGAUAGGAAAAAAAUGGAAGAGGCGCGCCUACAGCGGCUUCGCAAACGAACGGCUGAAGAUGCCUCGCUUGAUGGGCCGCAAGGCAAACGACUGAAAACACCAGCAACACCAGGAACGACUGAUCCAACUAUAUUGAGGCAGGAUGCGUCAGCUUCGAUUUUAAUGGGUGUCACGGCCUCGAAUGGAAAUCAAGUCACGCGCCAAGUACCGGAGCUACGCUUCCCGAGAGGAGUCGUCAAAAGGACGUGGGUGCAUGGUUUUCCGCGCACAAAUGACGACAUCAAGAUUGAAGAAGUCCUUGAGAAGGACAAGCUCGAGCUAGCUGUCGUGUCAUCUUUCCAAUGGGAUGAGCCCUGGUUACUAUCCAAAGUCGACACUGCCAGAACAAGAAUGGUAUUCAUUGCAUAUGCAAAGAACGGUGCCGAGCAAGAGACAUUGAGAGCCAACGUACCGAGCAGCCGAAUCAAACUCUGCUUUCCUCCCAUGUACGGCAUUGGCUGUAUGCACUCGAAGUUGCAACUGUUGAAGUACCCGAAUCACCUGCGCAUUGUUGUGCCAUCUGGUAACCUGGUCCCUUACGACUGGGGAGAGACGGGAGUACUCGAGAACAUGGUUUUUCUUAUUGAUCUCCCACGAAUCGUUCAAGCUUCAGGUGAUGGAGAUGCAAUCCGAGGAAAUGAUGCCGCGGGAGUUUCCUUUGGCACCGAGCUGCGACGCUUCCUUCGGGCACAGGGACUGGACGAAAGUCUGGUCAAGAGCCUCGAUAACUUCGACUUCACUGAGACGGAGCGCUUCCGUUUUAUCCACACCAUUGCUGGAGGUCACACGGACCAACUAUCCGGGGAGACAGGAUACCAUGGUUUGAGCCGUGCCGUGCAUUCAUUGGGCUUGUCAACCGAUAAGCCUAUCACAGUUGACUAUGUGACGUCAUCACUGGGUUCGAUCGAUAAUUCGUUUAUCAAGACGAUAUACACGGCUUGUCAAGGCUCAAACAAAGAUCAAGAUGAUGGAGGAAACCAGCCAAGCCGGCGGAACACCAAGACCGCACUCGAUGCGACAGAUAGCCACAAGGCGCUCGGGGUUAAGAUGCGGAUAUACUUUCCCACGGAAGACACAGUCGCGAAAAGCCGAGGCGGCAAGGCUGCUGGCGGCACAAUCUGUUUCCAAGAGAAGUGGUGGGGCUCUGCAACGUUCCCACGAGAAAUGCUUCGAGAUUCAAUCAGUACAAGACCCGGAGUUCUCAUGCACGACAAAAUCAUCUUUGUGCAGCCCAACAGUACAGGUGGCCAAGACGACCCAGGAGCGGGAUGGGCCUACGUCGGGAGUGCCAACUUGUCGGAAAGCGCGUGGGGUCGACUCACGAAAGAGCGGGGAUCCGGCAGGGCAAAACUCACGUGCCGAAACUGGGAAUGCGGCGUCCUCGUCCCCACUCGGAACACAGGCGAUCGUUCAAGCGGGGGGCUUAGCGGUGCAGGCGAGGCUGGGAAGAUGCUAGAGGCAUUUCGAGGAGCGGUGCCGGUACCCAUGGUAGCACCGUCAAGGGCCUAUGGCGCUUCGUCGAAUGACACGGCUGCUGAUCGACCGUGGCUCUUCAUGAAGCGCUAUUAG